AUGUUUCUUGAUGCACUUGGCGACGAAAAUUCGGAUGCUCAGCGAUCGCUCAUCGCCUCGCCUGCCAUUCAUUCAUUAUUCAGAAGAGCGCUAGUUCAACGCAAAACGGCGGGGAGCUACGCGGCCAAUGAAUAAGCGGCCCAAACUCUGGUCCUUUGACACGGUGUCGUUUCGUGGAUAUAUCCGUCGCACACGUAUCGCACGACUUAGUUGGACUCGUUCCAGAACAUGCCUUUCGGAUCUCCGCUUAACUUCGUUGCCAGUUUUUCUCUCCAACUCAUCUUUUUUUCUGAUCUUCACCUUUUUGAAUUUUUCCUCAAUGAAAGACAGUCAUACUUUUUCAAUUUCUCACGAGAGCGCGUGCCGGGUUGAAGAAUACAUUUAUUUAUUUGAAUUUAGUUAUACUCCAUGCAAAAUAGCUCCAAAAAGGCUUAGAAAUUUUUUCACUUCAAUCAAGAGAUAUCUUUUUUUCAUCUCAUUUUUUUUUACAACCAUGAUAUGCCAAAAAAUGUAACAAUUUCUUAUCAUGGUUCACACGAAACCCGUGCGGUUUUACUACGCCUCACAUUUCCAGUCACAUAUCAGACUUGAAAAAUUGUAUGUAGAGUGAACCUGACAUACUGAUAGCGUUUUCGAUUUUCUUCUUAUCUCACUUUUUCUUCCCUAAGCGAACCACUCAGACCGUUGUUAUCCUGCUUGGCUCGAGAAAAAAUGGUUUAUUUUUUGCUGUUUUUUUUUCAUCUUAAAAUUAGUUACAUCUUUUUCGUGACCAGAUCAUGUUAAAUUAUUUUCCUGGUGUUGUUUGCGUAUAUUUGCGGAUUAUUUUCAAACAAAACUUCACAUGAUUUUCACUACCAGAAAGAAGAAAUUUUAUGACGCCAUAAAACGGAAAAUAUCCCGCGGGUUGAGAAAAAUCGCAAUUUUGUCAAAUAUUAUUUUUACGUUUCAUUCCUGUAAUGUGAAACUCUCGAAAACUUUCAAGUCUUGGUUUUAUGUAGUUGUAUGUAGUUUCAAAAACUAAUAGAAAAAUAGCUGAUUCUUGCUCUUUCUCUGGAGUUCAAAACCUUACUUAAGCUUAAAAUUGUCUGAAAAAUUUAAUAUUUUUGAGCGUUCAAACCGAGAUAACUUGGAUUAAACUGACAAAGGUUUGAACCUAUAGUGUUUUUGCGACUUCGAAUAUUUUGAAUCUUUUAUCGCAUAAGUUUAAAUCAUACAAUUGACUCGAAAAGUUGCUCCGUACUCACAUAAUGACAGAUACCGACCAUAAAAGUUCAUGUGCUCUGUUUCAGGAUAGUCCGGCGCUGGCGUGUCCGGCUCCUCUUCUCGCACAAGCGCCAACGCGCGCGUCCGAUUGGCCAGCACUGGCCGCUCAGCCUUCUUCUUUAACUGGGUAAGACAAUAAUCUUGAAAUUUUGAACUUAUAAUUUCCUAAUUGUUGUUUUGAAAAUAGAUCAAGUUUUUUUGUCACUUAAAAUUUGAAGGAAAUCAACUGGCUGAUUGGAAUUUCACGUUUGAUUGAAAAUAAUCUAGUUUGAUGUUCAAAUUGCGUACAUAUGCAACUUUUUUUCACUCACUAAGACAGUUAAAAAAAACUUGAAAAAAAUGAGAAAUGAUUCGGAACACAUCUUUUUUGAUCAAACUGUUUCGAUAUGUUGCGUUUUUUUGUUUUUAGGUAUAAGGUCUUAAAACCGCGAAAACUCUUCUUUUCUUCAGAGAAAUGAAUAAUUCAAAAUUUCGAUAGUUUAUAAAAAGAUCGACGCCAAAAAAAAUUUUUUGCUUUAAAUUUAUCAUGUUGAAGAGCAUUUCAUCUGGAUCAGAAUUUCCUCAAAAUUUUUGAAGUGUCUUUUGGAUGAAAAAAAUGUUAAAAAUGAAAAUCAUCACUUUUUCUUGUCAGCGUAAAAUAUCUUGAUAAAGCUCAUCUGAGCUUACUUCGGAUCGGAAAUCAAAAAGCUUAGGAAAGGAAUCAUGAUUCAAUGGCGCGUGGACUUAGUUACAAGCAGCUCAAAUUAUUUUCCAGUGAGUCGCAUUUGUUCAGAUAUAGAGAUUUUCUAUUUUGUUUUGCGAUCCGAAAGCCACGAGCUUGAGAUUUCGCUCAUCGAAGCACUCAUGGCGCUCACGUGACAGCUCACUGGCGGCGACGCGCAUACGCCCGCCACGCCCUGCCUACGGAUUUUUCAGUGCAUGUUGCAGGCCGUCCGGCCUUGUCUCAGCAGGACCAUCGGCUUUUUCCGUCGUCCCGCCGGCGACGCUUCCUGCCGGCCUGCCGCUCUACAACUCGUUGAUGUGCUUGCCGUCGCUGCUCGAACGCUUCUCGACGCCCAACGUUCUGCGUUCUCACAUGAGCGCGACGUCGUUCAAGCCCAUCCCGAACAAUGAGAAGUGAGCUUUCUACAAAACUUUUCAAAGAAGAUGAUAUGGAAUAGAACCCCUCUAUUUUCUUUAAUCCCAUGAAGGCUAUCUAUGCGAAGUUGCAAUUUUGGAAAUGUGACUUUUUAAACUACCCGGUUUUAUUCUGCAUUUCGCUCAGAAACCUCUAGGGUGUGAAAACUGAGUUGCCUUUGAAAAAUUCAUAGAAUUUGACUUUGCAUUUGGGAGUUUUCUAAAAACUGGUCGAGAUUAUACGGAAAUCGGAAAUCAAAACUGAAUAGAUUAUUUUCACGGGUUUUCUUGUUUCCUUUUUUCCGUGGGAAUGUAUCUCAUGAGGUCUCACGCUAUGCAAGUUGAGAUUACUCAAACCUUCAUAGAAAUUGUGAUAAGUUUUUAGAAGAUUUCUAAAAUAAGAGAGACUACAAUACGUGUAUUUUAAUGUUAAGCAAGAGUCUGAAAGUUUUUUUACAACAAUUUAUUGAAAAAAACUCACUCAGUGGAAUCAGAAAAAUUUUUUUCAAAUACCUUUCAGUCAUAGCAUGAAAAAAAGAUUCCUAGUUAAUCCUUUUCAGAACAUUUGCACAUUUUUUAACAAAAAGAAACGGAAUAAUCGAAACCAAUUUUUUUCGAUUAUUUUUUGUGUGAAAUGCCAUCAUCUCAAAAUAUUUUCUCAGAACUGAGAGAAAAAAUUUAAAAUUCAAGAUAAUAUUCAGCGGCGACGUCGUUGUUAUUUCACACCUGAACUUUAUUAGUCUUUCUAAAAUCAAUAAGAAGCUUCUAAAAAAACUAUACGAAGUGGAUUUAGGACUUCCACUGAUUUCUUCAAAAAAACUGGAAAAAGAACUACUGUGAUCUGAAAGAUACUGAAUUGCAGCUCUGCACAUAAAUUGCCAUAUCUUCCUUUAUUUGCUAGUUCUGAUAUCUGAAAUUUCUUUUCCAUUUUUUAUUUUGAUUUUUGCAAUUUCAGAGUGGAUUUGGCCCGAUUCCGAGUGAAAGAUCCAAACGAGUGGCUUGUGGAUGAUGUGGUCGCAUGGAUGCUGGAUAUUGCCAAAAGGCAUAACAUCCCAUUCGAAGAGAUGAAUAUGCAUAGGGUAGGCCUCCAAAUUACUCUUUUUUGCUUCGAAAUUUUUUUGCUAAUCUUAGCUCCGCAAAAUUCUGAUUAUUUCGUAAAACGAGCCAGUUUUUCUUGUUGCAGUUUGCAUCCUUGACCGGCCAGCAUAUGUUGGUGAUGUCUGAGAGAGAUUUCAUCGACCGAGAUCCCACAUUUGGCCCUCUGAUCUUCAACGAGUUCAGAAAAGCAAACAGCAACACUGGUUAGUUUUUUCUACCAUUUUAUCCAAAUGUUGAAAAAACUGUCCACUUUCUCUUUCAAAGUUUUUCCACGUCAUUGCUUGCGACCAAAGUUCUGAGCUGUUACCUGGACAACCAAACGGCUCGAUUAUAAAAGAACUUUCGUUUAUCUCUGCACUUUGGUCAUUGAGAGCUAAACAUUACGUGCAUAAUCUCGUCAAAUGUCGGAUUCUCAGUUAGACUUGGAUUUGGCGGCUGUUAGUAAACGCGGGAUUAGGAAAGAUUAUUAGAAUUAGUCUAGUAGCCAUUAAUAAAGUAGAAUUUUUUUUUCAGAGAAGUCAGUUUUAAGUUACACUUGGACUUUUGAUAGGUUUUUUGAAACACUAUUCGAUCGUAUAGAUGACAUUAAACCACAAUAGUUUAGUUCUGAAGAUAUCUUGCGGCAUAAAAACUCAACAUAAUGCUUUAGAAGACACUCUGAUUGAUGACUACAUGAAAAAUCACCCUUCGGACGAGGAGACGACCUCGCUGCCGACGACGUCCGUCGACAUCAAGCCUUUGCAGCCAUUGGUCACGCUCCCUCAAAGAGUGCCACCACAGCAUCCACACCAGCCGACCUGCAUUCCCCAGAACAUGCAGCAACAGCUCAACAAUCACCUGAGCUCGUUGACGCAGGUUCUGACGCAAGCUUCUUUCAAUCAAGGACUCCUGAACUCUCACAACGCCGUUCAAAGUCUCAAUCAGUCUUUAGCGUCCAGUCUUGCUGCUGGUCUGACCACUGGUUAGUUCGGAAACUACAGUUUCUUAAAUGAAAAAGCACAGGUUUAGGCCUGAGUCCGAUGAGCUUGGGACUUCUUCCGAAUGGUCUCAGCCCUUCUUCUCCAUUGCUUUCUUCUCAGCUUCAACAGCCAAAAAUUUCCCCGAUGCCGGCUGACAUGAUGAAGUACAACCCUGGCAGUGUUUCUACUGAUUACGACGGUUAGAUUGCAGAAAAGUGAUCAUUUUCAAUCAUUUUUUCCAGCCUGCGAAGACAGACAGAGUAUAGACAAAAUCAAAAAGAACAAAGACGGGAAGCCGCGCAAGAGGUCACAACAUACGAAAGGAAACAAGCUGUGGGAGUUUAUCCGCGAUGCGCUCAAAGAUCCAUCAACCUGCCCUUCCGUCGUACGGUAGCGUUUACCUGUAAGCAGCCAAAGUACACAUUUCAUGUUUUUGCAGAUGGGAAGACCCAAUUGAAGGCGUUUUCCGAAUCGUCGAGUCUGAGAAACUUGCUAGAUUAUGGGGAGAAAGAAAAAACAACACUAAGAUGACUUACGAAAAGCUCAGCAGAGCAAUGAGGUAAUAGCAGUUCUGGCAAUUUGCUUAGCUUUUCAUCUUGCUUCAUCGAUCUGUAACCCAUAACAAAUACGUGAUCCUACUUCUUCCUUCUAAACUAAAACUCACUCAGUCUCCUUAACACCACUCCUCGCAUGCUCUAAUCGUUUGUGCCGAAAGAAAUGCCAAUAUCAGAGCCGUCAAGUUCAGAAUUUUAGAAAAUUCUCCUUUUCUAGCGGAUAUUGACGUAUUUUUAUUAACAUGUGUGUUUGACGCUAACUUCUCUUUAUUCUGAAAACAAGAGCCAUACCUGAAUGAAAGAUCCAUGCAUUCUUACCUUGCAGGACCUACUACGAGAAGCAAAUACUUGUGCCGGUUCCAAAAACCGGUCUCUACCCUAAAAAGCUGGUUUACAAGUUUGGUCCUGGGGCUCAUGGCUGGGACAACGUCAAAGAAGAAAUGCGUUAAACGCGGUUGGUUUUUCUUUGAAUCGGCAACACCGAAAAUCAUGAAAAUGACAACUUUAUUAUUGGAAAUUGCAUGGAAAACUGCUCAGAAGCAUGACUCGGAUUCCCAUUACUUUCGCGAAAAACUUCGCGAUAACAAUGAAAUAAAGUAACCUUGCUUUUCAACCUGGGUAUCACGGUGACAAAAAAAAAGUUUCAAACUACAAGACGGGAUCGGAGAGUUGAAAAAAAAAAUACUUCUAAGUUUCUUCUGGGAACAACCAAAAAAAACCAGCCAAUCACUUUUCAGUUUAUUUUGCGUUUCAAAAUAGAAACAGAUCUUCUGAAAUUUAUUCAUAUUUUGACUAAAGAUGCCAAAAAGAUGUCGAAAAAUCUAUGCAAUUAAAGAGGGUAUUCUCAAAAAGAAGGAGCAUAACAAAAAAAUAAAUGACAUACAAUAAAAAAACUUUCAUCUCUGAAAGUUUCAAAUUAGCGAUUUUGUAUAAAUUUCUCAGACUGUGGUUUAGGAAAAUUUAUUGUGAAUCUGAGAAGUUUUCGAAACAAAUAGAGACAUCAAAAUGUUUACAGGUACUACUACAAUACGAAGAUCUUGCUACCGGUGUCUGGUCGUCGAUUAGUGUACAAAUUUGGGCCGUCGGCGCGAGGCUGGGCGUCGGACGAGACGCCUAUCUUCUACCCUUCCUCGUACAGCUCAGAAGAGUCGGACGACGAGCAGGAGACUUCUGA